AUGGCUGAAUCUACGUUGAGUGUUGCUGACUUGUCUUCGUUGAAGGUUGCUGACCUGAAGAAAGAAUUAAAAGAACGUGGUCUACCAUGUUCUGGAAACAAAACAGAAUUGAUAGAGCGAUUACAGGCUCAUCUUGAAGCUGAUACAGAAGACCUGUCCAUAGGAGACACAACCAUUGGACUGAACGACACUGAUCCAGCAGUUUCUGACACAAAGUUGGAUAUGAGUAUAGAUGAUUCCCUACUUCAUGAAGAGACCACAGAUGUACAAAAUAAAGCCGCCAUCCCUGCCAGUAACACACAAACCACAAGUGUAGUCACAGAGAAACCUGUCCGGGCGAAAAUCACUAUGUCUGAUGAACCGAAGGGAACAGCAAAUGGACAUGAGACCACGGCAAAGAAGCAGCUGUCAGAUGCAGAGAAGCUGAAGCUACGGACGGAUCGAUUUGGUGUCCAGUCAGAGGCUGACAAGAAGAAAUCCAGAGCAGAACGAUUUGGCCUUUCAACCACAACAACAACAACAACAGCAGGCGCUACACAAAAACCAGGGAAGAUUGUGAACACACCUGUCACAGCUGCUGAUCUGGACAAGUUGAAAAAGAGAGCAGAAAGAUUUGGUACCGUGGUGUCUACAUCCUUAUCCAAGGUCGCGGAGAUUGAGAAGCUUCAGCAAAGGUCUGAGAGAUUCGGAACAUCAGUUGCCCCAACGUUGUCUAAGAUAGAAGAGCAGGACAAGAUAAACAAGAGGAAGGCAAGGUUUGGUGCUGUGGCGCCCUCGGGGGUAACAGGUACGCUGUCCUCAGAUGAUGUUGAGGCCAAGAAGAGGAAGAGGGCAGAACGAUUUGGGAUGCAAUGAGAGUUGAUAGAGGCUGGUGGACUUCAUAUUUGCUCAUUGCAGAUUACUUUGUGCUGUGAUCUUUUAUGAAGUGUAAAGGAUAAUGAAAUUGGAUGUAAGCCAGUGCCAUACCUCAGUUAUCUCAUUGGGCAUAUCGAGUUCAAAUCCCAGUGGGGAAAAGCGAAGAGCUUAAAGCACCUACCUAUGGGAAGCUAAAAUCUCAUGCAAAAUAGGGUAGUGCAUAAAGCAGCAAAGUUUUGACAGGUUGACAUGGUAACACUCUCUCAUCCAGAAAACCGAUGUAGCAACAUCUCUGAACUUCUCUUCUGUAUUAAGCAAAGUGUAUUUUAAUAACAGCGCGAUAUUAUGUUUUGGCAUUCACUGUAAUUUCUGUUCACAGUCAAUACAUAUGUAUUUGUGGGGCCGGCCGUAGGUGAGAAGGUUUGCAGCAACCUGCGGAUGGUCGUGGGUUUCCCCGGGCUCUGCCCGGUUUCCACCCACCAUAAUGCUGGCCACCAUUGUAUAAGUGAAAUAUUCUUGAGUACGGCGUAAAACAUCAAUUAACUAAAUAAAAUACAUAUGUAUUUGACAACCAUAUUUUCACUUGAACUGAAUUUAAACUAAGUUGUACAGUAGUGUCUUUUAACAAUCCACAUGAGCCAUGUAGAGGUAAAUGUCACAAUUCUUGGAUCAGGAGUACUGGCUGAGCCACACCAAUGUCUCGUAGGGUGUGAUUUUGGUUGGGGUGGGGGUAGGGGGGGGGUUGGGCGUGAAGUCGGUAUCGAGUGGAGAUCAUGUGAUACAUGAUGGUUCAUAUGUGACUUUAUCAAUUCUCGUACAAUACUACCCUGGAUGUAAUCCACUGGGAUCAAUUCAUUCCUGAUGUUUCACUUGAUCAGCCAUUUGUUUUAGGGCUCAACACCCUGUUAUUAGGUAACAUCGGAGUGAUUUGGGAUAAUUCUGUUUGAUUACAUGUACUGUAUGUAUAUCUACUUGUGCAUCUUUCAUUGAUUGGUUUCGUGAAAAUUUAUGAGAUUGACUGUGCCAACAGCUGGCAAGCAUUGUCAUAAUUAUUCAGGAAUGUCUUUUGAUUUGAUUAGCAAAUGUAUUAAAUUUAAUACCUGUAUAAGGAUAGCUCCCCCGAGUUUUUAAGUAUAAAAGACAUAUCCAAGUUAUUUAAAUGCACACUUUUACAUUCAAAUUUAUUAUGCCAUGUGACGAAUCGAAUACAGAAAGAGGGACUCUGCCCAGUUUCCUCCCACCAUACUCUCGAGCAUGACGUAAAACACCAGUCAAUACUCUAUUUCACCUGACGUGUAGUCUGAGGACGAUUACUGUGUUCUACUUAAAGUUUAGUACGAUGAUAAUGACUAUUUCAUUUGUAAUUUAAUCUGAGGAUGGUGAAUAUAUUUCACUUAAAGUUUCACUUAAAGUUCUCAAUUGACACAUUUUGCUUGAUCCCGAUUUAUUCAUCCUAUGAUUUCUGUGAAAUUUCUGUAAAAACUUUAGUGUUAUCAAAUGUAUUAUUUUGAAGAGUCACACUCUUCCUAAAGUGCAUUUUAUAUUUUAAACAGUAGGUGAAAGACAAUAAUGGACGCCUUUUUUCUUUUUUUCUUGGCCACCUAUAUGUAUGUGGCACGCCAUACCCCCCUCGAAAGCUUCCUCAUUAAAAUAUGUACAAUACACCGUGUACGUUCACCCCAAUAUCUGUGUGUAUCCAGACAGCGGACACCUACAUUUUGUCACAUUACGGUUUACCACCUUGGUCAAUCAUUUUAAUUGUACCACCAUUUAUGUAUACAGAAACGCAAUUAUGUAUAGUUUUGUUUCGGUUAGGAUUCAUGUUUUCGCAUCCAAGCACUUGUAUCAUAUAAAUGAGAUUUUUCACCGAGAAUAAAUCAAGUAUUCUGCGAGUUUUCAUUUAGGCCUACAUGUACCUUUGCAAGUUUUCAUUUAGGCCUAUGUGUCCCUUUGCAAGUUUUCAUUUAGGUCUACAUGUCCCUUUGCGAGUUUUCAUUUAGGCCUACAUGUCCCUUUGCGAGUUUUCAUUUAGGCCUACAUGUCACUUUGCGAGUUUUCAUUUAGGCCGGGGCCUCCGUGGCUCAGUCGGUUAGCGCGCUAGCGCAGCGUAAUGACCCAGGAGCCUCUCACCAGUGCGGUCGCUGUGAGUUCAAGUCCAGCUUAUGCUGGCUUCCUCUCCGGCCGUAAGUGGGAAGGUCUGUCAGCAACCUGCGGAUGAUCGUUGGUUUCCCCCGGGCUGUGCCCCGUUUCCACCCACAAUAAUGCUGGCCGCCGUCGUAUAAGUGAAAUGUUCUUGAGUACGGCGUAAAACACCAAUCAAAUAAAUAAAUAAAUAAAUAAAUCAUUUAGGCCUACAUGUACCUUUGCCAAUUUUUAUGUAGGCCUACAUUAUAGUUUUGUUUCGGUUAGGAUUCAUGUUUCCGCAUCCAAGCACUUGUAUCGUAUAAAUGAGAUUUUUCACAGAGAAUAAAUCAAGUAUUGUUCUGCGAGUUUUCAUAUAGGCCUACAUGUACCUUUGCGAGUUUUCAUUAAGGCCUACAUGUACCUUUGCGAGUUUUCAUUUAGGCCUACAUGUCCCUUUGCGAGUUUUCAUUUAGGCCUACAUGUCCCUUUGCGAGUUUUCAUUUAGGCCUACAUGCACCUUUGCGAGUUUUCAUAUAGGCCUGCAUGUACCUUUGCGAGCUUUCCUGUAGGCCAACAUGUACCUCUGAUACUAAGUUUUCUCUGUCCAUUCUAUAUUUUCUUAAUUGAGGCACCACAGGGAGAUUGCAUAUUUGUUAUAUUGUUCAAAUCUGAAUAUGUUUGGGACGUAAUUUCCAGGUAGUGUAGUUGAUCUGUUAGUUUAAUCGGUCCUUUAAUGACCUGGAAUAGAUAGUGGUUCUAUCAUAUCGGUGCUUGCCUACCUGUGAGUUGCCUUUAUAGCAUGCGCGCACGGUGCAGCAAUGACGUGAAAUGACCAUUAGUGCAUUGUAGCUAUGUUAAGCUUAGGAGGCUAAAAAGCUCUCUAUUAGUUCCAUUUUGAACUAAAAAAUAUUUCAAGGCACACUAACAGAAUUUUUCAGUCUUUUACGAUGACGCUGGAUUUUUUUUUUUGGUAAGUAAAUGAACAGGUGUAGCACGUGAGACCUAUUGUUUCUGUGGGAUUGUAUUCGUAUGCCCUAUGUACGUUUAGUAAAGCUAUGUAUGUAAUUUUUUUUUUACUUUUUUUUGUUUGUAGGUAUUUUUUAAAGAGCAUUAUAUCACUAUUCAACUGUAAAUAAACCAUCUUUUGAACCAUAUUGUAAAAUCAUCAUUGAAAUCGGUUUUAAGUUGUACUUUGCAUUUGAAUAUGGAAAUAAAGUCUUUGCUAAAAAUUUAGAUUGGUUUGUGUAUUUCUUAAAGCUGUAAAUUUGUAA